CCCUGAAGAUCUCAUCCAAGCACACACGCGUACGCGUACGAGUAAAAUACGCUAAACAUCCGCUUGACCAUUGGAUGAAUCGGCAAAGUACGGCCUUUUUUCAUGCUUGGCAGAGUAAUGUACUCAACAGUCAACAAAUUGAAUAAAUGCAGCAGCAGCAACAGCAAUAAUGUUUGUGCGUUGCGUGCAUACUUCUUGGCAAUGGCUUCAAAAGGCGUAAAAGAUUUGCCUAAACUUGAUCACGUAAUAAAUAAUGACGCACAUGUCAAAAAUAAAAACUUAAUUUUCUUUUGAGAGCUUUCUUUCGCCGCGGAUCAAAAGAGGGCGAAAUUCAUAAUCAUUCGGGGAUCGGAUAUCAAAAAAAGAAGGCUAAAGAUGUGAAAGUGGAAUGAUAUCCAAUUGCAAAUCCACAUGAUUGCUAUGCUUUUAACAUCGAUGAGUCUACAAUCAAAGACUCGCCCUUUUGAUGAUACCCGAAAAAGAUGGUUGGCAUAAGCAAAAGUGACAGGCAGAUCAAAGUUGCCAUCAUUGGCUCAGGAUUAGCAGGAUUAACUGCAUCCCACUUAUUAUCACAAUCGGCUGAAUUACGAAAACGAUACGAUGUUCACAUCUUUGAAAAGAAUGAAUCGCUUGGAUUAGAUGCAAGUUCGAUCACUAUACCCCAUCCUACUCAACAAGAAAAAUCACUUCGGGUUGAUGUACCUAUGCGUAGUAUCAAUGCUGGAUAUUAUCCAAACUUAACAAGAUUGUACAAAAGUCUCGGAGUCAAGCUAAAAAAGACAAAUUUCACCUUUUCAUUCUCUUCGAUACAUGCGCCUCGAUCACCAUUCAUGCUAUAUAACGGACAAAGCGGGAUACGAGGAUUUUCGGUACGAGCGGGCGAUUCUUCUUCGCAUCCUUCGUCUUCGAUACAGCAGCGUAUUUCCACCAAUUUUAGCCAGUCUUUAACACUUCUCAUCUUUGCAUUCUCGUACAUCGUUUUGCUAUUCUUUGCGUUAUACCACCAUGCUCGGGGACACUUGCUGGAUCCAAUGCAUCCCAUCAAUAGGGAACCCUUCCUACAUUGGUCAAAUCGCCAUAAACGAUACAUAGAUCCGACAUUCAUUCGUUCAGUGACCCUCACCUUAUUCUCAGCAGUUACAACUUCAUCGAUCGCAUCGGUGGAACAAAUACCCGCUGCUGAAAUUCUGCUUUACAUCUCUUCUACAUUCCUACGGGAUCAUCAUAAAGUUCAAGGUGGAGUACAAAUAGUUCAAGAUGCCUUGGCCAGAAAUAUCCCACUGGACAAUGUUCACACAUCUUAUACAGUUGAACGCAUACAAUCUGAUCAACAAGGCUAUACGAUCUCUGUAGCGGACAAGGCACCUAUCUCCGGCUUUCAACAUGUGAUCCUUGCAACACCUGCCACUUUCUCGAAUUCUCUGAUAGAGUCUUAUUGCAACUCAAUCGCUGAAAAGGUUUCUGCAGCCGAUCAAAUCGAGAAUAUUCGCAUUCUACAGGACAACCUAGCACAGAUACGAUACGAAGAGAGUAUGGUAAUCAAUCACUCUGAUCGUUCACUUCUUCCGAAGAACAAAAAAGAUUGGCAGGAUUUGAAUUUGGUCUCAGCAAAUACUGUUGAAAACGAUGAACGAUAUAGACUUUUGGCAGGUUCGAAACAUGGAGGAAGAAGUGCGAUGGCCACUCAUCUAAUUCGAUCUACCGCAACAGAUGGUGAGCUCAUCUUGCAAACGACAAAUCCUACAAUCUGGCCAAAGAAAGACUCUAUUUUGAGUUCGUCCAACUUUGUACGAGCUUUGACUCCGAUCUCAAAGCAGGCAAUCGAUGGUCUGUUUGAAUGGACACCUGUACAUCUCACGUUCAGUCAAAGGGUCACUCAAUUUUUUAGACUAUUCAACUUUGAGCAAUCAACACCCACAACAAUUCACAGUGACUGGAUUACAGCUUGUUUCUCUAUCUUGCGUGGAAAGAAACACUCCCUGCGAUUGGGCAAACUGCAAUCAAGUCGGUCUUUGCAACCGGUCGAUUCGGAAAAGCCUGGAAACAUUUGGGUUUGCGGAAGUUACGCACAGGGUAUCCCUCUUUUGGAAGGUUGCGUAACGAGCAGUAUGUUGGUGGUGAAUGAAAUCUUGCAAAAUGACAUCUAGUCAUCAAGUAAUUAAUUGUGUAAAGUACUUUGUAACAAUAAUAAUAUUUCCCCGUGCACCUUAUAAUAAAAGAAU